AUGAGCCAUAUGGAGCAAAUCGAUGGCUUUGUUCGCCGCAUUAGAAAUGCGGAGAGCAACUACAAGGAGUCGCAGUCCAUAUUGCUGGAGCUUUUGGAUAUGAUCGAGGCCUUCAAUGGGGCCACAGAGUACGCCUACUUCUUAAAGAAUCUCGUUCCAAUUUUCAUUGAAAAACUCAAUCUGGUACCAAUUGCUUAUGUAAGCAACAGCCCAGAGAACAAGCUUAGAAGUCUGAUCCUUGAGAUCAUCCAUCGAUCGAUCAUGACCGAGACAUUCCAGCCGUACUCUGAGGACAUUUUGACCUGCUUAACCACUAUUUUGCAGAAAGAAAACGAGGAUAAUGGAGUUUUGUGUAUGAAGAUCAUUACCACUUUGCAUAAAGCAUAUAAGGCGCUGUUGGUGGAGAAAGUUGACCUGUUCAUUGAAGUUAUAAACCAGGUUUACGACAAUAUGGACCAAGCUUUAAUCGAGGUCUUUUCCCAGCAACAAGAUCUGCAGUCGCCAAAAUCCGAAAUAGACGAAAGCAAGGAAUCUUCUUUUUCUGAUGAAAAAGAAAACCCCAAGACGCUAUGCCAAGCCAUGAAGUCUUUCAAAGUUUUGGCAGAGUGCCCGAUUACCAUGGUGUCUUUGUAUUCCUCAUACAAAAGCUUAGUCCAGACAUCUCUUCCGGGGUUUUUGCCUAAGAUUAUCCAUAUUUUAAUGUUGCAGGUUGAGCAACAGAAGCAGUAUCGCGAGAAGCACCUUCAAACCUCAAAGUCCGUCACUUCCAUCCUGCCUGACAUCACCAAUAGACAGGCAUACUCGGAUUUUAUCUUGGGUCAAGUGAAGGCAACCUCUUUCCUUGCGUAUGUUUUCAUCCGUGGAUAUGCGAGCCAGAAUCUAUCUGCGACUCAAUCCAAGGUUGUUCCCGAUGUUAUUUUAAGACUUCUUCAGGACUGUCCGGCAGAAUUAUCUGUGGCCAGGAAAGAACUACUUCACGCGACACGCCACAUCUUGUCCACACCAUUCCGCACACAAUUCAUCUCAAAAAUUGAGUUGCUCUUCGACGAGAAGAUUCUUAUAGGCCACGGAUUGACAUCAUUCGAAACAUUAAGGCCAUUGGCAUACUCUACUGUGGCUGAUUUCAUACACAAUGUCCGUAACGAACUCACUCCCAAGCAGAUCUGGUCGACUGUGCAGAUAUAUUGUACGCUUUUAAAGGAUGAUACCUUGGCUCUUACGGUACAAAUCAUGAGUGCAAAGCUUCUACUCAACUUGGUGGAGAGAAUCAUGAAGUUGCCCAGUAAGCUUGAAGGUAGGCAUUUGUUCAUGAUGAUAAUUGAUUCUUACGCUAAACGAUUUCAGAGUCUUAAUCGCAAAUUUCACUACAUUUUGAAGAAACACAAACAAUUCGAAAAUCAAAUGAAAGUGAAAGAGGCUGAUGCCAAACUUGCAAUUAAACGGUACAGCUCCAAAAUUGAUGAUCAAGUAGCUAUGGAUAUGGGCUUCUCAAAUGAUCAAAAACCGGAGGAAGAAUCACCUAAAGAAAGUGCGGCAAGUCUGCGGAACAGUGGUCCAAAUUUAACUGAUGACAAUAUGGACAUUGAUUCCGAUGAACCACCUUCAGGAAAUGUGAUUGAUCCAAUGAGAGUCGAGGAUAUAUUCAGCAUAGAGGAACUCUCGCCUAUAUCCGUGUCUUCAGUUUCAGCGAAUUCAGAUCUCCUUAAAGACGCAAGGUAUCUUUUCCGCACAUUAAUGACCUUUCUCAAAUCUGUUGUUUUUGGUCUCAAGAAUUGCAACCCACCAGUGCCACCACAACCCGUGCAGGACCCGAAUGUGCCCGGCCAGAUUGUCAAUUACGACAAGUGGAAUGAGUCGGCCAAAUUGACUUCUUUAGAGGAAAUCAAGAUCUUGAAAAGCUUUUUUCGGGGUGGAAUAAGCUGCUUGAAGUUCUUUUCUGUCUCCAAACCAAAGCAAUUGGCGCAGGCCAAGGUUUUCGAUUUCUCUACUGGCGGACCAAACCUUCCAAUCACAUCAUCGAAAGAGGAGAAAGAUCUAAUGGAAAUUUUCGCCACUAUUUUUAUCCACAUUGACCCUGCAUCCUUUAACGAAAUAGUCAGCGAUGAGCUUCCAUUCAUGUUCGAUUCUAUGCUCGAAAAUGCCGCCCUUUUGCAUCUUCCUCAAUUUUUUUUGGCUAGCGAAAUGACAUCAGCUAAUUUCUCGGGAAUAUUAAUGUCUUUUCUUCGCGGUAAAUUGGACCAACUUGAUAAGGCCGAUCUCAUAAAGUCCAACAUUCUAAUCAGGUUGUUCAAACUUUGUUUCAUGUCAGUCAAUCUCUUUCCAACGGCUAAUGAAGGCGUGAUUCUUCCCCACUUGAAUCAAUUGAUAUUAGAGUCUUUAAGACUCUCUACAAAGGCGGAGGAACCCAUUUUUUAUUCUUACUUGGUCAGGACAUUAUUCAGAAGUAUAAGUGGAGGCCGCUUUGAGAAUUUAUACAAAGAAAUUAUGCCAAUCCUUCCAGUAUUGUUGGAAAGUCUUAACAAACUCAUAACGAAUUCAAAGCGACCUUACGAGCGAGAUAUUUACGUUGAAUUGUGUUUAACUGUCCCAGUUAGGUUGUCUGUUUUGGUACCUCACUUGAACUAUUUGUCGACUCCUUUGGUGUAUGCACUUAAUGGAUCACAGGAGCUUGUUACUCAAGGCUUGCGUACGUUUGAAUUGUGUGUUGACAAUUUGACCGCUGAGUAUUUUGACCCAAUGAUUGCUCCUGUGAUAAAUGAGAUAAUGGCCGCAUUAUGGAAACAUUUGGAGCCUGUGCCAUACCAUCAUCAACACUCACACACUGCUAUUCGUAUUCUCGGAAAACUUGGUGGAAGAAACCACAAACACUUGAAGCCAUGUAAUACUUUGAAACCUCAGUCGAAAUUGGAUCAGAACAUCGCAACGCUCUUUUCUAUUCAAGGGUUUGAAGACAAAGUCCCUCUCUCUAUUACUCCUGGAAUUGAAUCUGCGAUCGAGUUGAUUGAGGAUCCAAGACUGAAGGCACAUUACAGAAUCAGUGCUUAUAAGUAUUUGUCGAGUAUCUUAAAGUUAUUCAUUGACACGAAUCCGAUUCCACAAGACUAUGGUAUAUACAUACAAGAUCAAGUGGAAUUGUUAAAGGCGGAAGAAUUGAAAGACUUUCCUGAAUUGGAACCUUCAGAUAUCAAAGAUGGUACAAAAUUCGGUUGCCAACAAGAGUUACUUGCAAAAUUGUUGGAGGUCCUUUUCUUUUCGUUGUCAAUUCCCGAAAUAGCCGAUGAAGCAAGCACGUUGAUUGACAAUAUCACAAAUCACUUCACGUUGAUCUAUUUGGGCACUUCUACAAUCCAAAAAAUCAAAAAAGACAGACCAUUUUCCGUUAAUGAUCAAGAAGGACACGCGUUUAUUAGCGAGACUGUUUUCCUUAAUGCUAUAAAUUAUGCUUUGGGUUUUUGGGACAAAAACGUUCGCGCAAAAGGUAUUGAAACAAUUAAGAACCUUUACAAGACUACUGUUAUUCUUUUCGGAUCCGAUGAAAAUGCCCUCUUCUCGCCAACAUUCCGCACAAUGCUCUACAAAUUCACACAUUGCUGCUACAGUGAGUUUUACCACACAAAACUUGGUGGGGUUCUAGGUUUGAAGACUAUGUUUGAGGACUUGAACAUCCCUCCAUCUUGGUUUUUUAAACGUCAAUUUGAACUUGUGAGGUCUAUUUUCUUCAUCUUACGGGACACUCCAGAUACUGCUCCACUUGAAGUACGAGGAUUGGCACAAAAUUUGGUUUUGAAUAUCUUGAAGGAAUGUAACACUGGUGUUUCAAAAGAAACGAUGCUCGAAAAACCUUUUCAAACUUUGGUUGGCGCGCUUGUUUAUGACUUGGCUAGUGCAGUGCCUAUCGUGAGAGAGGUUUCGCAAAAGUCUUUGAAAGUAUUGUCUGAAACGACCAAUGUUUCAAUUGCCACUAUAAUGGGGCCCUCAAAGCAUCUUUUGCUCACUCCAAUCUUUGGCAAGCCAUUGAGAGCUCUACCUUUUCCUAUGCAAAUCGGAAACAUCGACGCUAUAACAUACUGCUUGGGGUUGGAGGAUACGUUUCUUACAUUCAAUGAUGAGUUGAAUCGACUUUUGCUUGAAGCCUUGGCUCUAGUGGAUGCAGAGGAUGAAUCUUUAGCAAACGUCCAUCGUCUCUAUGAACACAGAACAUCUAAGCAGUUGAUAGAGCUUAGAGUUGUAUGCAUUAGAUUGCUUUCUCUAGCACUAACAAAGCCAGGGUUCUCUCUCGGACCGCUAUCUGAAGCAAGAAUCAGGAUACUUGGAGUAUUCUUCAAGGCUCUCUGCAAUAAGUCUACUGAAAUCAUUAAUGCAGCACACCUUGGGUUGAAAUCUAGCUUGGAUGAGAGCGCCAAGCUUCCGAAGGAAUUGUUGCAAAAUGGACUUCGUCCAAUGCUCAUGAAUUUGUCGGAUCACAAAAAGUUGACUGUUUCGGGCCUUGAGGCUCUUGCAAGACUUUUGGAGUUGUUGAUUUCCUACUUCAGAGUUGAAAUCGGGCGUAAGUUGCUUGAUCACCUAAUGGCAUGGGCUCAAAUUAAUACCCUUCGUCUGAUAGCUGGCCAAGAUUUGGAAAAUAACCAUACUGUGCAAAUCGUGAUGGCCAUCCUCAAUAUUUUUCAUUUGUUGCCAGCAAAAGCGUAUACCUUCAUGGAGGAAAUAAUUAACACCUUACAGUACUUGGAGGGACACUUGGAUCGUCACGAAGACUCCCCUUUCAGACUUCCUGUUCUCAAAUUUUUAAACAGAUUUGCCGAAAACUGUUUAGAAUACUACAUUACAAAUUUCAAAAACCGAAAAUUAGGAAAUAUGUUGGCUUACUUUGCUGGUGCUGACGAUGGUCCUCGAAUUCGCGAGGUGUCUAAAGCGAGAAUGACGAGUAUCUUGGAGGACGUGAAGAACGAGUCUGGAGACGAAAUAAAAGUCACAAAAUUUGCGAAUACAGUUGACUUAGUGGGCGCUAUUUCUGAUCAUGAUACUGAAUGGUUCAACGAGCAAGCCCCUUUAUUAGAGUCAUUAUCAGAGCUUGUUAAGACAGUUAUCGUUAUCAAGUCACGCUUGCCAUUGAUCUCAACUGCUCACCUUCAAGCUGAGCAAGCGAUUGCCAAGUUGCAAAGUAUUUGUGUGAACUUUGCAAGAAAGACGCCUCAAACAAAAGAUUUGCUUUUCAAAGUUGUGAAUAUUAUGUGUGAACUCGACAUAAAAGCAAGUGUUGAUAUUGAAAACUUCUUUUUUGAACAUGUUGUUUUGCUGGAUAACAUUGAAAUAAAGUUGGAGUAUAUGAACAUUUGUGUCGAUUUCAUUGCUCAAGAUACCCAGUUAAAAGCUAAAUCAUUCUUUUUGAAGAAAGUAUUUGACUGUAUCUAUUUACACCAAAUCGAUAAAUUCGGCAAUGCGGAUGCUUUGUUUCAAACUCAAACAGACUGGUUGGAAAAGUUUUCUGAAAAUAUCUGGAAGUCCACUAAUGAUAUCAUAACAGACAGAACAUCGGGAAAGAUAGAUUCUUACAGGUUCGCUCUACUUGAGAGUACUGCAAUGUUACUCAAGUGGUCUUCAGAACAGGUCAAAUGCUACAGAAAAGACAUCAUCAAGUUCAGCUGGAACUAUAUCAAGUUGGAGGAUAAUAUUACAAAGCAAGUGGCGUAUGUUACAACGUCCUAUUUCAUUGCUGCCUAUGAAACUCCUCCACAGGUUGCUACUCAGGUUUUUGUUGCCCUCCUUAGAACUCAUCAAAACGAUUCAAGACAUUUGGUUAGACAAGCUCUCGAUAUUCUUGCACCUGUCAUGUCUUUGAGACUUGUGAAUGGUGAGUCUCCCAAUAGCUGGUUGAAGUGGCCGAGAAGAGUUCUUUCUGAGGAUGGCUUCAAUGUUACACAAGUUUUGAACGUUUACCAAUUCAUUAACCAACAUCCAGAUCAAUUUUAUGUUGCUAGAGAGCACUUCAUUUCGAACAUAAUUACUGCGAUGGGCAAAUUGACAAUCUUGGCAAAUACGGCUUUAGAAAACCAAGUUCUUGCCAUAGACUUAGCUGAGCUCAUUCUUAGUUGGGAGAACAAGGCCAAGGCCUUACAAAAAAGCAAAGAAAAUGUCAUACAAACAGCCGAGGAGAACCAAGGGAACUCGAUUGGAUAUGUCGAUGACUUUACUACUUCUGACGGUUACACAAUACCAUUCGGACAGAAGGAGGCAUGCGUCACAUUUUUGGUGCGUUAUGUGUGUAUCAGUCCUCAACGUGCAUCUGAAAGUGAAUUGGGUCAAAAAGCAUUGGGAAUUUUGAAUGACCUCUUGAGUCCCAAUCAUUUGCCUGACGUGUCCGUUAAGAUAACAUUUUUCGAGAAGUUUUUGUUCUCGAACGACUUGAAUUCAUCAAGUCACUUGGGCUAUUGCUUGAAUGCUUUAGAAGUAUUAGGUGUUGUUCUUGAGUGGAAAAAACCUGAGUGGAUAUUGGCCAAUCUUGAGUAUCUUCAUAAAUUGUUGGAAAAAUGCGUCAAGUCUGAGAAUCACGACAUACAAGAGGUGCUUCAAAGAAUUUUGCGCAUCAUUCUACAGGCAAUUGACUCCCACAAAGAAGGUGAUGGUAUAGAUGAGGAUAAUUCUGAACUCAAGUCUUUUGUGGAUCUCUUAACCACCACCGUUUCAGAUAAUCUUGGGGACACAACUUCCUUGGCGGCGGGUGUCACGUUGUCUUGGACAUUGGCCAAUUACAAACCAGCGACUCUUGAUCCAUUGAUACCAAUGUUGAUGCGAACCUUUAACAAGUUGUGUAAAGAUCACAUAUCCAUUACUCAUCAGGGUGCUCUGAAUUCAAAAGACUCCAGCACUUCGGGAGAUGAAGCUAAAAUGACGACAAAGCUCUUGGAGAAAAUCUUGAAUUUGUGUUCCAUGAGAAUUCUGAGCCUCGGAGAUCAAAGACGUGUCUUCUUAUCACUUCUUGCGCAGUUGAUUGAAAGAUCCCUUGACAAGGAUACUUUGGAAAAGAUCAUCAAAAUUGUAAAAUCAUGGGUUUUUUCUCGCACGGAUUUGUUUCCUACGACCAAAGAGAAGGCAGCAAUUCUAGCAAAGAUGAUGAUUUUCGAAAUUCGUGGUGAGCCGACUUUGUCAAAAGAGUUCUAUCAAAUUAUUGUUGACAUUUUUGAGGAUGAGGCGUUCAGUUGUACUGAGUUGACGGUAAGAAUGGAGCAACCGUUUUUAGUAGGAACGAGGUCCUCAGAAGUAUCCAUUCGUCGUAAACUCAUGUCAAUCUUGAGCAACAGCUUAGAGAAGGAUAUCAGCAAAAGGCUUUAUUACGUCAUCAGGGAACAAAAUUGGGAGUAUUUGGCCGACUAUUCUUGGUUGAAUCAGGCGUUGCAAUUACUUUUCGGGGCCUUUGACUUUGAGGAAAAGAUUGAGUUGGUUGCUGAUAAUUUCAAACUAUCUCCCUUGACUGCUUUUCCUUACGAAGCCAAAGAUAUUGAGGUGGAUUCUGUUAGAUCAGAUUUGGACGAGCUCUUGAGCACUCACAAUAAGUUCUUGAAGGAAACUUCUGAAGUAUCUGCAGGCGCAGUGUUAGAGCCUUUGAUUGAUAUCUUUUAUCAAAGCAACGAAACUGUGCACCGUGUUUGGUCAGAGGUGUUUCCAAUUGCUUUUAGAUCUAUACCAAGAUCUGAGCAUCUUGAUUUCACCAGAUUCUUGGUUAUCUUGUUGUCCAAAGACUACCACACCAGACAGGCAGACCUGCGGCCAAACAUUGUACAAUCUUUGUUGGAAGGUAUCUCUCAAUGUGAAGAAAUCCAGCUACCACCAUUCGCAGUCGAGUGUCUUGCAAGCAAUUUCAAUUCUUGGUCUCAAGGUCUUCAUAUCCUCGAAAAUAUCGAAGCUUCCACAAUUGGCGGUAAUCCUGAGGUGCGCGAGGUAACGCAAGAUGCUCUUUGCAAAUUGUAUGCGACUUUGAAAGAGGAUGACAUGUUCUACGGACUCUGGCGAAGACGUGCCAAGUAUUCCGAAACAAUUUCGGCUCUUUCUUACGAGCAAAUCGGGUUGUGGGACAAAGCUCAACAAUUGUACGAGACAGCCCAGAUCAAAGCCAGAAGUGGAGCUUUACCAUAUGGUCAAUCUGAGUACUCUCUCUGGGAAGACCAUUGGAUUUUGUGCGCAGAAAAGCUACAGCAAUGGGAUAUCCUUACGGAGCUCGCAAAACACGAAGGUUUUUCAGAUCUCCUUCUCGAAUGUGGAUGGAGAGUUGCAGACUGGAAUGCUGACAGGGAUACGCUCGAACAAACAGUGAAGAGUGUGAUGGAUGUGCCAACCCCUCGUCGUCAAGUGUUUGAAACAUUCCUUUGUUUACAAGGGUAUGGACAAGAAAAGGAAACCCUUCAAGAACUCUCAAGGUUAUGCGAUGAGGGAAUUCAGUUGGCUUUGAAAAAAUGGCAUGGUUUGCCGCAUAAGUUUGGAGACGCGCACAUUCCUUUGCUUCACACUUUCCAACAAUACGUGGAAUUUAUGGAGGCAAGUCAAGUUUACUCUAGUUUGGUGUCGACAAAUGCCCAGAAUCUAGAUGUGAAAUCGCAAGAGCUCAAGAGGGUAUUACAGGUUUGGCGUGAAAGACUUCCGAAUGUUUGGGACGAUAUCAAUAUCUGGAACGACCUUGUUACAUGGAGACAGCAUGCAUUCCAAGUCAUCAACAAGGUUUACAUGCCGUUCAUCCCAAUCUUGCAACAAAACAACUCGGAUGGCAAUGCAAAUUCCUAUGCCUAUAGAGGCUUUCACGAGAUCGCUUGGGUCAUCAACAGAUUUGCACAUGUAGCGAGAAAGCACAGCAUGCCAGAAGUGUGCAUCAGUCAACUCACAAAAAUUUAUCAACUUCCCAACAUCGAAAUUCAGGAAGCAUUUCUCAAAUUGAAAGAGCAAGUUAAGUGUCAUUACCUGAAUCAAGCUGAGCUCAGCACUGGCCUUGAUGUGAUUCGCAACACCAACUUGGUGUAUUUCGCUACACAGCAAAAGGCGGAAUUUUUUACAUUGAAAGGAAUGUUUUUGAGCAAGCUCGAUCAGAAGGAUGAAGCGAACAAGGCAUUUGCUACCUCGGUGCAGAUUGAUCUUAACUUACCGAAGGCUUGGGCAGAAUGGGGUGCAUUUAACGAUCGCCGCUUCAAGGAGAAUCCAAACGACUUGGUCUAUGCAAAUAACGCUAUCUCGUGUUACUUGCAAGCUGCUGGGCUUUACAAGAAUGGUAAAACUAGAAAGUUAUUAGCCCGAAUUCUUUGGUUGAUUAGUCUUGACGACUCAACAGGCACAUUAGCGCAAGCGUUUGAAAACUUCAAGGGUGAAGUACCUGUAUGGUAUUGGAUCACAUUCAUUCCUCAAUUACUUACGUCUUUGUCUUACAAGGAGGCCAAGUUGGUUAGACAGAUUCUUGUCAGAAUUGCUAAAAGUUAUCCUCAGGCGUUGCACUUCCAAUUGAGAACAACUAAGGAAGACUUUGCCGCCAAGCAGCGCCAAUUCUUAGAAAAAUCUCGCCAAAUGGGGUCAACUGGAUCAAAUUCGCCAGUUUCGAUUGAUCCGAAAGACACUUCAGCCGAACCCGAACGGAAAGAUCCUAACCUGGAAAAUACUUCUUUGGAAGGAAGUGAUUUGAAAAAAACUGAAGGCAGUGAUAAAAAGACGGACGACGGGCCUACCAAUUCAGAUAAGCCCUCUCAAGAUCAAUCUCGCUUGGCACUGUCAGAGAGCUCUCUCACUAAACUAACUGCAUCUUCUGAAUCAAUUCGCCGGUCUUGGGAAUAUGUGGAAGAGAUAAUGGGCAUUUUGAAAACAGCAUAUCCUUUGUUGGCUCUCUCAUUGGAGUCUCUCGUUGAUCAAAUCAACCAAAGAUUCAAGUGUACGGCGGAUGAAGAUGCAUACAGAUUGGGUGUCGCCUUAUUGAACGAUGGAGUACAGUAUCUCAAUAGACUCGGAAAUCCUCGGGAGGAUGCCAAAUUGCCUCCUGUGACUGAAGUCAAUAUCACCCGCUUUGCAGAAACAGUGCUCCCAAAGCAAAUUCGUGCAGAGUUUGAAAAAGAUUUGGUGAUUGGGAAGCCAAACUUGGUGUCCUAUAUUGCAAAGUUGAGGAGAUGGAGAGACCGUCUUGAAGACAAAUUGGACAGAAGGUUCACUGAGGUUAAUCUAGAGAACUUGUGUCCUCACUUAAGUGAAUUCCAUCACCAAAAAUUUGAAGACAUUGAGGUUCCUGGGCAAUACUUGUUGAACAAAGACAACAACACCCACUUCGUGAAAAUCGAGCGGUUUUUGCCAACCAUUGACUUAGCUCGAGGUACAAAUGCUUGCUACAAGAGAAUCAAGAUACGAGGUCACAAUGGUAGCUUGCAUAGCUUUGCAGUACAAUUCCCAGCUGCUAGACAUUGCCGCCGUGAGGAAUGCUUAUUCCAGCUUUUCCGAAUCUUUGACGACAAUUUAUCGAAAAAGCCCGAGACUCGUCGUCGCAAUAUCCUGUUUACACUUCCAAUUGCUGUACCGUUGUCGCCACAUAUUCGAAUCGUUAAUGACGACUCACGAGAUAUCAGCAUGCAGAAGAUAUACGAGGAUUUUUGCAAGAAGAACGGCAAGGAUCGUGAUGCCCCUUUCAUCUACACUAUUGAGAAAUUACGGGCAGCCUUUGAUCCACGUCUUCCAAAACCUGAAAUCAUGAGCAUCCGUGUCGAGAUUUUGAGCGCAAUUCAAACGCUUUUGGUUCCCUCCACUGUGCUCAAAAACUAUUUUGUUGAUCUUUACUCCAAUUUUGAGGACUUUUGGCUCUUCCGGAAGCAAUUUACUGCUCAGUAUGCUUCGUUUAUCUUCUCGACAUACAUGAUGUGUGUGAAUACUCGCCAGCCACAGAAGAUUCAUGUGAAUAGAGGUUCGGGUAGCGUUUGGACUUCAGAUAUGCUACCUUGUAAAAUCGCAAGCAAGAGUGCAUCGUUGGAUGGGUCUAGUGGGGACAGACCAGCUCCCUUGUUCUACAACGCUGAGAUGGUGCCGUUCCGGUUGACGCCAAACAUUCAGAAACUCAUUGGCGAGUCGGGAAUUGAGGGCAUUUUGGCAAUCUACAUGUUGGCAAUUGCGAGGGCGUUAACCGAAACUAAGUCCGAUUUGGAUCAGUAUUUGACCAUCUUUUUCAGGGAUGAGGUGAUGUCUUGGUGCACUCAGCAGGACCCACCUAGACCUAUUCCUCAGGACAGCAAACUCCGGGAGAUCGUCAUGCUUAAUGUCGAUUUUGUGAUCAAAAGAGUUCUUUCAAUGGCUCAGGGAUCUACCGGCUCUUCUGUUAGUACACAAAGUGUUUUGGAAUUGAUCGCACAAGCUGUAAAUCCACACAACCUUGCAGCUGCAGAUACUUUGUGGAUGGCCUACUUCUAA